CCAAUUUUGAGGCUGCGGCGCUGGGCAUCCUCUUCAAAGGAGCCGCGGGCAGGAUGGAGGCUCUGCUGAACGAGUGGCUGUGGCAGGAACGAUACUGGCUCCCUCCUGGAAAGCACUGGGAGGACCUGAAGGCGAAGGAGGGCCCCGGUGAGGCCCGCUACCCUUUACCCAGGGACCUCUUCUACACCUUACCUGUGGCCUUUGCCUUCAUCACCUUCAGAUAUGUUUUUGAGAGGGCCAUCGCCGUCCCCUUAGGCAAACGUUUAGGCGUGAAGGACCGGAUUCGGAUCCGAGCCGCACCCGUUCCCAAGCUGGAGACCUUCUAUGAACAGAACUCGCGGCAGCCGUCACAAAGUGAAGUGGCCUUCCUAGGGAAGCAGUGUGGACUCUCCCAGGCACAGGUCCUCACCUGGUUCAGGCACAGGCGAAACCAGGACCGACCCACCAACACCAAAAAGUUCUGCGAGGCCAGCUGGCGGUUUGUUUUCUACCUGGUGGCUUUCACUGCCGGGCUGGGAUCUUUGAUCGAUACUCCCUGGCUGUGGGACUGCACAGCGUGCUGGCACGGCUUUCCCAGACAGCAUGUCAGCGAUGUCCACUCCUGGUAUUACAUCCUGGAACUGGGCUUCUACCUGUCCCUGCUCCUCUGCGUCUCUGUGGACGUGAAGAGAAAAGAUUUUAAGGAGCAGGUCAUCCACCACAUCGCCACCAUCUUUCUCAUCGGCUUCUCCUACUGCGGCAACUACGUGAGGGUGGGCACGCUGGUGAUGCUGCUGCACGACUCCUCGGACUUCCUGCUGGAGUCGGCCAAGAUGUUUCACUACGCCGACUGGACGCGGAUGUGUGACUCGCUGUUUCUCGUCUUCGCUCUGGUCUUCCUGGUCACGCGGCUGGUGGUGUUUCCUUUCAGACUCAUCCACACAGCAAUGAUCACCUUUGGGGAUCUCUUCCAGCCCUUCCUGGGUUAUUACAUCUUCAACAUCCUGCUGUUAGUGCUGCAAGCGCUGCACAUCUUCUGGGCCUACCUCAUCCUGCGCAUGGUCUACAAGUUCGCCUUCAAGGGAAAGGUGGAGGGCGACGAGCGCAGCGACGAGGAGAGCGAGGCGGACGAGGACGAGCAGCCCGAGGACGACGGGGGCAACAGGGAACAGAGAAAAGGCGCCAUCAAGCCCAAGCUGGCGUCGCUGGCCAACAACUGUGUGCUCAACAACCUGACCAACCAGAGGAGUCUGAACAGCAGACUCCCUAAAGCCAGAUAGAGCCAACCCCUGGCACACUUGUCCAAGGUCAACACGGUCCGUUGAUGAUUUCAGACCACCAUCCUGCUCUUCUUUGGUAGACAAGCACAAACGAUUGUAGAUCCGCACGUGUAAUACAUCGCCCCCUUUCUUGCCGUUGGAGAAUGGGUCAAUUUUAUAUUUAUGUUGUUUCUUGUCAGUGUUUUUAUACCUUUUUUUUAAUUGGGCUUUUUAAAUAGGCUUAGUGGCCACAUGCGUGGACAGCACCUUUUAGCUCUUAUUCCCAAAAUUGUGUACACUACUGAAUUGGGGUCUUAUGGCCACUUAUGUGGACACUUAUACUGCCAUCUGGUGGUGUCAGAAGAGUAUAACGUACAAUGGAAUUUGGAAAAAAAAAAGUGUACAAAUAAGAAUUAGCCUGUCACUUAAACAUGAAGUACACGUUUGUGUACUUAUGGACUAAGUACAUCAUAUCAAAAGAUGAUUCUUAGUUUUUAUUCUAAUUAGGGUCCAAUAAGCCCAAAUAGCAAGGAGGAAUAAAAAAAGCAUGUAAACAAACAGCUUUGGCCUUAAGAGGUUCUAAAGGGAUUCAUCCUGUCAGUGAUAGUGUAGAAAACAAAGCUCUCUUCUUCAAACAAAGUCACAACUGCCAAAUAAACUAACACAUUAUGGGAAAAAAACAAUGAACAAAUGUACCGUAUUUUUCGGACUAUAGGGCGCACUUAAAAUCCUUUCAUAUUCUCAAAAAUAUAUAUAUAUAUUUGUAGGGCUAUGUCAAUUAUUUGAUUAGAAGAAGAAAAAAGCUUCAAUUUAUAUAUUCUGUUGCUUCCAUACAUCGUUUGAUGAGUGCAACUAAUAAAAAUAUAUACAAUUUAGGAGUGUCUGGAACUUUAAAUAUGCGGACAGAGUUUCCGCGGGGCCGUUGCAAUGAAGCACACACGCCGAAUAACGUCGAGCUUUUGUUUUUAAUAACGCGCACAUGUCAAAAGUGCAAUAUCAACAUUGGGGAUGUGCACUUAUUAGGAAAACAGAAUGAAUAAUUGUUGUUUAUUUCAACUGUUUUCCCUGAAAUAUGCACUGGGGAAAUAAAGUGGGUUUUUAUCCGAUGACUCAAAUAAUCGAACGAUCUCGUCGAGAAAUGACUCGAUGACUAAAAUAACCGAUAGCCGCAGCCAUUGAUAGGUUUAAUACAUUUAGACAAUUUUACGCUUGAAAAUGAUACAUUUAGGCCAAAAAUGUUGUAGAGUAUGGUUUAGAAAAACCUAUGAAAAAUCCUCAAAAAUGGUGAAACCGCAAUAUUACAAGUGGUGUGGUGAGCGACGACUGUGCAGGAAAAGUCGAUUACACUCAAGUUUAUUUUAAAAUAUUUUAACUCAACUUGAAAGGUUACAAGACUAAAAUUGGGAGAUUUGUUUGUAUUUUAAUUCAAAAAGUAAUAAAAAAAAUAUAUACAUAUGCAUUA